AUAUAUAAAUUAAAUAAUAAAUCAUAUAGUACAUUUUUUUUUUUUAUACAUUCCCCAAAUUAACAAAAUUUUCAGUUUUUUUUUUUUUUUUUUAAAGUUUACCUUUUUUUUUUUUUUUUCCUUUUUUUCAACUUUCCCUUUUUUUUUAUAUAAAUUAAUUUAAGCGAAAAUGUCAGGACGAGGAAAAGGAGGCAAAGGAUUGGGAAAGGGAGGAGCGAAGAGGCACAGAAAGAUUUUAAGAGAUAACAUUCAAGGUAUCACCAAACCAGCCAUCAGACGUUUGGCCAGAAGAGGUGGUGUGAAGCGUAUCUCCGGUUUGAUAUACGAAGAAAUCAGAGGAGUGUUAAAAGUCUUCCUAGAAAACGUAAUUAAAGAUUCCAUCAUGUACACUGAACACGCAAAGAGAAAGACUGUCACUGCUAUGGACAUUGUGUACUCGCUGAAAAGACAAGGAAGAACAUUAUAUGGUUUUGGUGGUUAAAUGUGACAGUUCGGAGGGGGCAACUGAAGAGGAAUAUCCCCAUUUUGACACAAUUGCCCAAGAGAAAGCGACCCAAAGAAGGAAGAAAAGAGGAAAGGAAGAAGAAAAAAAGGUUUAUUUUUUUUGCCGUAUUUUAUUUAUACAACUUUGCAAUCACAUUGUGUUAAAAAUGGGAUUACCUUUUUUCGUCCCACCGGAGGAACGGAAAUUGGGAACCAUUCAACGAACACACAUGGUUGUAAUGGAACAUAAAUAAAUAUGUGCAUAAAAAAAAAAAUAAAACGAAAAAAAAUGGUAUCGAAAAUGCCAUAAAAAAAAAAGAAGAGGACCAAGGAUAUCAAAGUUGUGAGGCCGCAUCGAUGCCCAUAACUUUUUUAUCAUGUCAUACUGCAACUUUUCUUACAUGAGACACAUCGAAGUUUAUAAUAAAGCGAAUGCAUCUUAAGGG